UACAAGCGGCCGCAGCUGUGGGGCACCUCAGAAUGUCCUCGUCGCUAUACCUAUUGUUUUUAUACUUGUAAAAGCUCUUGGUGAAGGCGGCUGGAUGGGUUGUGUAAGUGUCCUCACAUGGCAGGAUGAGUGGCAUAAAAAUGCUGACAUAGACUUCCUGUCAGGAUAUAGUCACAUGGGGAGUUGAAACGACUUCACACUUCAGAAACUGGUGGAGGAAUUAAAGAGGAAGGGAGAACAGCGGAGAGGUAGGGCAGCUCAUUUUACAUGUUUCCUAGAGGAUCUUAGGUUUAGGCAGACACUUAACGUAUUUGACCCGUUUCUGCAAUGGCUUUUCGAGCAUUUACACAAACUCAUGUCUAUGAAAAGCAAGCAGCCCUGAAGGAAAAGGACAAAUCCAGCAUCCAGUGCAUUGACUGCUAUGAGCAAAAUGUCUACAUAGGCACCAAAGAUGCAACGGUCCAGCAUCUCAUCCUUCCCAGCAGCACGAACGGAGAUUCGAGUCUCAGAACCAGAGAAGGUAGGGCAAGAAAACUGGGCUCGAGCAACCAAGUGGCCCAACUGAGGGCAGUCCCACUUUUCAACCAUCUGCUGGUCCUGUGGGAUCGAAGCGUCACCGUCCUCAACAUGUUCUCCUUGGACCCCGUUCCGGCUCUGAAGAAGAUCCAGCAUGUGUCGUUGUUCGAGGUGUGCGACUCGUUUCUAGCGGGCCAGACUGCAUGCGUGCGGAUGGUGACUUCCUCCAGCCGCCGGAAGGUGAUCCGGAUCCACGUGGUGGGAGUGGACAGGUGGGAGGUCGUAAGGGAGGUCCCUCUGCUCCAGGACCCGGUGGCUUUGGCAGUAGACGGCAUCAGCCUGUGUGUAGCCACCAGCAACAGGUAUCUCCUGUGCGAUCUACAGAGUGGCAGCAAUGAGGAGCUUUUCCCUCACGACCACAGCAGGCAACAUGUUGUUGUUACCUCAGUGGGACUGGGGGAAUUCCUCCUGAACGGGCCUGGAUCUUUAGGCAUGUUUGUGAUGAAGACAGGGAUAUGCCAGCGCCCUCCCCUGCAGUGGCCUCAGGAGGUGCUGGCAGCCGGAGUAUGUUUCCCUUACAUCCUAACCCUGCAGCCUCAAGUGCUGUCUGUCUACAGCAUGGUGGAUCAGCAGCGCAAACAGACUGUGAGUCUCAGCGGAGCGAAGGGUCUGCUCCCCACAUCAGAUGGCGUGUUAGUGUUCACAGAGAGAGACAUUUUCAGCCUGCGCCUGGUGCCCCUCGAGGAGCAGAUCCAGGCACUGGUGAGGCAGGAGAGGGUCGAGGAGGCCUUACUGCUGCUGGAUGGAGUUCAAGGCCGCAGGCCACUUGACUCAUACAAGGAGCUGCAUAAGGCCAUCACUUGCCUGGCUGGAUUUGUUCAUUUUUACCAGCAGGGUUUUUCCGAGGCCAGAGAUCUUUUCAUUAAAGGUGAGCUGGACCCCAGAGAAAUCAUCCGUCUCUACCCCGACGCGUGGCCGUGUCUCGCCGAAGGCUUUCAAUCCCGGCUGCUUGAUCAAGGGAACAAGGGCAGGGAUCUGCAGGUGCUCUGGCAGGAGGACAGAAACACAUUUCAUCAUUACCUGGCCUUCCUGGGAGAGUUCCUCAGAGCAGUGAGAGGCACGGAGCAAGGCCUGCAUUGCAUUACGGAGGUGGACUGCGCCCUCCUGAGGCUGUACGUUGAACUGGGAGACACUGAGAGUCUGCAGCAGCUUGUGGCAUUCCCUAAUGAGUGCAGGCUGGACUACUGUGUUCCUGUUUUGCAGCAACACAACAGAUUUUUUGCAUUAGGCUCCCUCUAUCAAAGCCACGGGAAUCCAGUCGAGGCAAUCCAGACUUGGGUGAAAAUCGCCGACGGCGUCCAUCAAGACUCCUCAUGCUCAGACGUCUAUGGACACAUAGUUUGGACUCUCAGUCAACUCCGAGACAAAGAUGCUGUGUGGAAAUUUGCUGACUGGACUCUGCAAAGAAACCAAGAGAAAGGGGUGCAGAUUUUCACCAGCCGCCAACCAGAUGAUCAAGUGGAGACUCGAGAUGUCCUCGCUCUCUUGGAGAAGUACCCACUGGCAUCGCUCCUGUACCUGGAGUUCUUAAUCCAUGACUUGAACAGCGAGGAGGAGAGACAUCACAGCCGUCUGGCACUGGCAUAUGUUACUCGUGCGCUGCAAGAGGAAGAGGAAACAGAUUUGAGGAAGACCAGAGGGAAGUUGCAGCAGCAGCUAUGGGAAUCCAGAUUCUACAAUGUCUCCACUGUUUACGAGAGAGUCAAGCCAACAACCCUGCACACAGAGAAAGCCAUUCUCCUCUGCAGGGCCGGUGAACACUCUCAGGCUCUGCAGGUGCUCGUUCACCUGGAGCGAGACCCCCGGGCUGCGGAGGCGUUCUGCUGCAGGGCCGCCCAGGGCCGGGACUCUCAGUUCGAGCAGACCCUCCUCCUCACCUUGCUCCAGAUCUACCUGAGCUCUGAGGAUCUCACCAGCGCCGCAGUGGACCUGCUCAACAACAACCCUCGGUCCUUCGUGGCAGAGAAGGUCAUCCAGCUCCUGCCUGACUCUUGGUCCGUUCAGCUGCUCUCCCAGUUCUUAAUUGGAUCCCUCAGAGAGACCUUGCACCAGAGGCGGAUGGCAAGGCUGCAAAACGCACUGAGCCAGGCAGAGCUCAUGCGGCACAAGGUCAUUUGGAUGCAGGCCUCGGAAACAAAGUUCAGGCUGGACAAGAGGCAGAAGUGUACGGUUUGUCAGACAGACAUUGCAGAGCCAGAGUUUGCCUUGAGUCACCACGGUGAGCUGAUGCACACAAGCUGCACUGGACCCAGCUAGACCAAUUUAUUGUCUGUUUAUGCAAAUAUGUCUCUGCACUCUUGAAAAUCACAUUCAUUUCUGGCUGGAUAAGUGUCUGCUUCCUACCCCUCCAUUUCUCCAAAGCAGACUGUAUCAUCUAAGCAAACGCUGCAUAAGGAUUCAAUUCAUGGAGCUCGGACCAGCCACUUUCCUUAAUUAGAAAAAAAUAAAAUACAUUGUGUAAAUAACUGGUUUCGAAAUGCAAAAGAGCAAGCAGUGCACUUUUUUUCCAGGGCGGUAUGUCUGAGCCAUUUCCUAGAGACAUCGCAGACAGCAAUAGCUAUAAAGCCAAUGGUGGAGGACACUCUGGGGCAUGCAUUCACUGAUCAGACAGUGGUGUUCUACAUGGAAACCACCUGUGGUCGCCACGAUGACCAGCGGGAAUUUGACCGUCUGUAUAUAUGCAUCCCCGCCAUCAUGGUUUCCACCGACUGUGUAUAUUUGUCUGCAUGGAGCUGGAAAUAGAAAGUCAACAAGGCUGCA